AUGUCGCUACCUCAACCGCCGGUGCCGCUGACGGGCGCUUGUAGCGUCCUUUACGACAACACUCUUUAUUCCUACUCGGCUGCGGGAUUUGAGUCGUUGGUUCUGGAGGAAGGCACCGAAUGGACACAGCUGCCAGAUGGUCAUUCGGUUAAGGGUGGUGUUUGCGUUGGGUCGACGCCAAAGGAUUCGUCCCAGGCCGGCUUCUAUGUUGUCGGCGGGAAAUCGAACUCGCCCGACUACCCCGGCCUCCAGAAAUUCACAUAUUCCACCGGCAAAUGGACUACUAUAGCGCCGCAGGUUCCUGUCACGCAAGGUCGCGUAUGGCAUAGCGCGGCGUACAUUAAUGGCUCGGACUCGAUCCUCGUCUACUCGGGGUCGACGGAUGGGGAGCCGAACUUGUCUUCUCAGACUUUCACGAUCGCGGCAUCGGAGCCUCAUACCGUGCUCGCCUUCCAGUCUACCAUCUCGCCUCCCGGGGUCGCUCCGAUCCUCCUUCCGUGGUCGGAAACGCAGGCAGUCAUGAUCGGCGGCAACCCUACUAACACGAAGGUCAUGCUAUUCGAUCCGGCUACUUCUUGGGUCGAUUCAGGCACUACCUUAGCCGAACCGUGGCCUAAAGAUGCGACAACGGUGAAGGCGGCUAUAAUCCCCGGCGACGACGGGAGCAAGCACCUUUACAGGUUUGACCUCAGCACGUCGCCGAACAUCGUCAACCGAGUAGUCAUACUAGGCGCUAACGGGGCCCCGAUUCCCAACGCCGCUCCUGUUGUGACCGUAGUCGCGAACCAGAAGUCUCCGAACGCGGGCGUUGAGAAACGGGACCUCACCGUGGACAACUGGCCGCAAUAUAACUCGACCCUCGCGCCGCAAGUCAUACGAAACGGUUACUCUAUCGCUUCCGACCCGAGCGGCAUGGUGGUAAUGGCAGGCGGAAAUGACGAUGAGGUACUAACCAUCUUCAACGCGAGGGAGAAUAUGUGGAUGAAUGCGACGGACAUGCUUGUGCAACAGGAGCGCUUUUCUAUCGCGUCGACGCCGACGACUUCGUCAUCGGCAACAAGCGCCACCGCUCCACCGGCAACCAGUUCCGCGGAAACUCCUACGGCGUCUGCUGCUGCCGCCCCUGUUCCCUCGAGCCCUCAGGAGAGUGGACUGUCUCCGACAACUCUCUUGGGCGUGGUGCUGGGAACUAUAUUUGGGUUUGCCAUUCUUCUGCUGUGUUUGUUGUUCUGGCUGAAGCACAUCCGCAAGCGAAAGGCCUACGCGGACGCAGCUCACUCACGGAGGGCGAGCGGAAUACCCGAUGAGAAAGAUAUACUAGGUGCUCAGGACAUCGCAAAGGCAUCUGGCGGACAGUUCCGGGGACACGUUCCGCAGGCCUCGACUGGAUCUUUCUCGUCGAUGGCUAUCUUGAUGGGCAAGGUUCAGAAACCCGUAUUGCAACGCAAGCCGAGCGACGAUUCGAGGCGGAGCUCUGUCAGCAGCAUCUUCAACAAGCAAUUCAAGAGCACCAUCGGCCGGCCACAACCACAACCCAGCCCGACACCGGAAUCGAUCGCGAAUGAUGAAAGGGGCGUCUCCUUCCCCGCCACCACGAACCAGCCCAAACCCCGUCCUAGACCACCAGCCGGCAGAGAGGGCGAGGUGAGAAGAAGCUCAGGCUGGAACCGAUACUGGUCCGGCGGCAGCGCGCUGACGAUCCUCGGCUUCGGCAAUAAUGGCAAUGCACACCGCGAGACUGCUAACUCAGAGCAGAGUUCGUUUUAUUCCGAUAAAAACCGUCUGACGCAGGAUUCAGCCACAGUCCCUGCCCUCCACGUCGGGGCGCGGGCGGAGUUGAGUCAGGUCCAUUCGAAGAGUCCGACGGUUUCGCAGUAUAACCCGAAGAUACGGGAGGAAAUGUCGGGCCAAAUCGAGAGACCGGUGUCUCGCGCUUCGUCGGGCUACUCCAGUGGCAUCCCCCCUAGCGUUCACGAAAACUGGGAUCCCACUUCCAAGAAGACCUGGGGGACGGAACGGGCACCGAGCAGCGCGUACAGCCAAAGCAUCUACCAGACAGCUCUCGGGGCGCCGGGUCCGAGCCGACCUCCGACGGGGCUCUCGACGCAACCCCAGCUGGCCGCGCCAUCUAAUUCGAACGACUUGAGCUGGCUGAAUUUGGGAGACAACAACAAUAACAACAACAGCCCGCCGUACAGAUAA